UGAUCGCUAGGUGGCAGCUGCAACAAAAACACAUGAAAAUUGCAGACGAUAUUUUUUCCUGAAUUUUCACAAAAGUUUCAUUUUCCACGGUGCUGAACACUACUGACUGCCUACCGCCAGGAUUUCAAUUGUUAGCAAAUCAACCUUUUUUCGUCCAGUCACUGCUGCUCGUCUCGUAAGAUUCAAUAUCGAAAACAGAGUCAACAUGUCACAGACUGCUAAUGAAGGCAAGCAAGAAAAAAUCCUCCUAGCUCUUGAUUUCGACCAUACAAUUAUCAAUGACAACAGUGACACAUAUGUCACGAAGCUGGCACCAAAAGGAAAGAUUCCCCCAGAAAUCAAAUCCCUCUACAGUGAUCAAGGUUGGACUCUUUUCAUGUCUGAAAUAUUUCGCUAUCUUCACUCCAACAACACCACUCCUGAGCAAAUCUUGGAAUGCAUGACUGAAAUAUCAUUUUCGCCUGGAAUGGUUGAUCUGUUGAAAACUCUUGAUCAAUCGAAAGCCGAAACCAUUGUCAUAUCAGAUGCAAAUUAUGUGUUUAUUGAUCACAUCUUGAGUUUCCAUGGACUCAAAGAUAGGGUUAAUAAGAUUUUUACAAAUCCUGCCAAGUUUAAUGAUGAUGGCCUCCUCGAACUCGAAAUGUACCAUGUCCAAGACUCCUGCUCCUUGAGCACAAUCAAUCUUUGUAAGGGCCAAAUUUUGGAAUCUUACAUUGAAGAAAGGGCCAAAGAAAAUAUUGUUUUUACACACGUUGCAUUUAUCGGAGAUGGCGAAAAUGAUUUCUGUCCCAGUUUGAGGCUCUCUCCUAAAGAUUUUGUCUUCCCCCGAGAAGGUUAUUCCCUAGUCAAACAUAUUGAGAAAAUGAAAACCGAAAAAGACCUUCACAUUAAAGCUAGCAUUCACACCUGGAAAUCGGGGUUGGAUAUCCUAAAAGUUCUUUCCGAUAAAGUUCCAUUGCUUACACAACAAACAACAACCGCAUAAGUCAAAUGAUUUAUCUCGAGCUUUUACCAUUGUUUUCGAUUAAACCCGUGAAUAAUACAGUACAAUUCUUCACUGCA